GUUAUACUUUGGUGCUGUUUGUAGAAGUGAUAACAGUGAUAGAAUCCAAUCAUUGCUGUUAAAUUAAUAUCUAUGUUUCUGUGUGGAGAGCGAAGGACUGGGAUUUGGACUGAGUGUGAAGGAAGAGUCUAGUCGUGUUAGAGUUAGGUCUGCUGUGCCUGAAGAGCAGCGCUGCAUUAUUCCUGGGAUGCUCAACUUAUACUGAAUAUGGGAGCUCUCAGAUUGGAAAUACAGCUCAGUGCCUAAAGGGUUGACGCUAGACAUAUGACAGCAAAUGACUUCUCAGAAAUCAGGUUACCAAUCCAGUCAUGAAUGACUUGUGGUAAGAAAAAGUUGACCUUGCCACUAAUCAUAGUUCUUCUUAGAAGAAGAGUUUGAGAGAAGGAAGCCACCACAACAAAAACAGCAAACAAAACCUUUGAGGAGGUCCCCACACACCUGGAAAGUCCUGCCAGACAUCAAGUAAAACCCUCCAUGACCCUUGACCACCAGAUCCUCAAUCAGACUAUUAAACGAUCCCACCUUUCAACACAAGGCAGUGCGCUUGUGGUGCAGCAUGCACUGCCGUCCCCGGAGAGUGACCCUGGCGUCACUGGAAAUCCACUCACCACGUUGCUAACCCUUAGGAAAGAAGAUGACAAUGUGGAAUGGCAUUUAUCUGGAAAUAUUUUGGAUGUGUAUAGUGGUGAGCAGGGAAUUUCAUCAGUUAAUAUGGGCCUUACAAAUGCUUCCUGUUCAAGGAGUUUAUCAAUGAAAAAAGAAAUUACAGAAACUGAUACUCGAACUUUGGCUAAAGAGAGACAAAAAAAGGACAACCACAACCUCAUUGAAAGAAGAAGACGGUAUAAUAUUAAUUACAGAAUCAAGGAGCUUGGCACUCUUAUUCCAAAGACUAAUGACCCUGAUAUGCGCUGGAACAAAGGCACCAUUCUAAAAGCAUCGGUGGAGUACAUCAAGUGGCUACAAAAAGAACAACAGAGAGCGCGGGAAUUAGAGCUCAGACAGAAGAAACUGGAGCAGGCUAACAGGCGGCUUCUGCUCAGGAUUCAGGAACUAGAAAUACAGGCUCGUGCUCAUGGUCUUCCAUCCCUGGCUUCACUUGGCACAACUGAUAUGGGUGCUCAUGCCAACAAACAGACCCCUCUUGAGCAGAAUUCAGUAGACUACUGCCAACAGUCGACUCAGUUGCAGGGACUAAGCCCUGAGUUCUGUGACCAAGCUUUGUCCUUCUCCGAUCCUUUGUCACACUUCACAGAUCUGUCAUUCAGUGCUGCUUCAAAAGAGGAACAAAGAUUGGAUGACAUGCUACUGGACACCUUAUCUCCUUUUGGGACAGACCCUCUCCUAUCUGCCACUUCCCCCGAAGUUUCCAAAGAGAGCAGUAGGAGGAGCAGUCUCAGCUCAGAUGAUGGCGAUGAGUUAUAACAAAAUACAUACACUCAAUUAAUCAACCAGGAAACAAUUCCAUGCUGAUGCAAUGCAAUUAUGUUCUUUGUUUCAUAUAUUGCUUUGGCUCCACUUUUCUGAAAGGACUACGUUGUUCAGGAAAAACCGAUGGAGGAAAUAACAACAAUAUAAUGAACUUACAGGAAGAAGACAUACGGUGCUGAAGAAUUAUUGAGGGCUAAAAAAGAUUUUUUCCUUGUUGAUUACAGAGUCCAAUGUGCUUAACUUUUAUUUUCUGGAAAUAGCUCUCUACUUGACACACUAACAGACGGCAAAGAGGAAACCUCAGAAAUACACACACAUUUCCUUAGUUACUCACUAAUAUCCCCUUCCUUUUUAACUCUUCAAACAGUUUUCAAGAA